GGAGAGUGGGAUUGGUGGGGGAGGGGUUCUGGGAACAGGGUAACUGCCUGGGGGCAUUCUAGGGAGUCUGAGGCUACAAAGUGCAGGAGCAGGGUGGGAGCGACUAGCAUGGAUCCAGGGGGGGCAGAAUCUCAGCAGCCCCUCCCUAGGGCUCCUGGGAGAGGGAGUCGGAAGUCUGGGAGUCGAAAGAGGCACCAGGACCAGAACCCAGAUGUUCGUCUGUCCAAAGCCUUGUCCUAUGUUUUGCGUCAUGGAGCAGCCCAGCUGGGGCUGGAGAUGGGUGCUGAUGGGUUCGUAGACGUGGCUGCCCUGCUGAGCCUGCCCCACUUUGGGGGUGUCUCUGUGGCCGAUGUGCGACACAUUGUGGAGACUAACGAGAAGCGCCGCUUUGCCCUGCGCCCCCACCCUAGUGACGGGCGCUUGCAGAUCCGCGCCAACCAGGGGCACUCACUGCAGCAGGUGUCAGAGCUAGAGCUGAUCCCACUGCUGGAGCCCACAGCCCUACCCCAGACCAUGGCCCAUGGCACUUACCUGCGGCACUGGCCAGCCAUCUGCCGGGGGGGCCUUUCCCGCAUGGGGCGCAACCAUAUCCACCUAGCACCUGGGCUGCCCGGAGAUGGACAUGUCCUCAGCGGGAUGAGGCAGGACUGUGAUGUGGCUAUAGUGAUCGAUGGGCCCCAGGCGCUGGCAGAUGGGAUCCAGUUCUAUCGCUCAGCUAAUGGUGUCAUCCUCACACCGGGUGAUGCUGAAGGCCUCCUCCCUCCCCGGUACUUCCAGAGAGUCCUGCAGCUCCGGCCUGACAGGCAUCUGCUACCACUCGAGUGACCCACACAGGGCCGAGCCGGCUCCAGGGCCAUGACAUGGAGGAGAAUCAGGGCGGGAGAGAGCAGUGUAAAAUAACAUCCCUAUUGUUCCA